AUGGUGAACAAUCGUAACAAAGUAACGGCAAACGAAGAAGAAGCUGCACCGACGUCAUCCCGUUUUGCUUCUUGUCAGCAGCAGCAAGUUGCGAGCGUAUCGCCCCGUGUGGAAGCAGCGAUAGCCAGGGUGUUGCCAAUGCAACGCCCUGCUCCUAGGGCCCAACGUCGCCGACGAGAGGGGUCAGAAGAAGCAAACAAACCUCCGCUGCGAAGAGCCCGUAGAGAUGAAGCGGAGCUUUCUCCUCCUCCUUCUCCUCCCGUUGAUUCCGAUGAUGAAGUGCAGAUGGUGCUGGAAGUUAGGUAUCCGCCAGGGACAUUACCUGACCAUUUUCAACAGAAAGAAACGGAAGAAGAACAGCGUCAAUGGGCGGUGGAGGAGCUUCGAAGAAGGCGGCUGGAAGCGCAAAUGGAAGACGAGCGCUACGAGCGGGAAACAGUCCGUCUCUUGUCGGAAAUCGAAAACGAGAUCAUUGCCGACAACACCGACAACAACGGCGUCGCCGACGAGAACGAUGACGACGACAACGAUGAUGACGAGGAUGCCGACGACAACAACGACGCCGGCAACGACGACGACGACGACUACGACAACGAUGAUGACGAGGAUGCUGACGACAACAACGACGCCGACGACAAGAACGACGACGACGACGACGACUACGAUGAUGACGAGGAUGCCGACGACAACAACGACGCCGACGACGAGAACGACGACACCGAUGACGAUGGAGAAGACGAACGCCUCGUGAUUAUUUCGGAAACGGAAGAUUCUAUUGUAAAAAUAUCGGAGGGAGAAGUACAAUACGGGGGCGGAACUGUAAAUGUUGCGCAAGAAAAUAGUAGUAAACAGGACGGCACCAACAACGAGCGCAGCGACGACACCGUCGAGCGUUACACCGGCAGCAGCAGCCCAG